AUGAGACUUGCACGCAACUUCCUCACUUUCACAACUUUCCUUCUGCAGCGACCGACUUGCGCAGGCAACACAACAUUCAAUCCACUCCACGGGAUCCAACAGUUCCCCCUAUCUUCCUACUCCAGCAACAUGACGCGCCUCGCACCCGUCAUCUCACUCUCACAUGGCGGAGGUCCGAUGCCUCUUCUAGGCGACCCGAGCCACCGUGACAUUGUCGACUCGCUGAAGACCAAGCUGCCGAAGAUCCUCAAGCUGGGCACGCAGGAUGCUCCCAAGGCUAUCGUGCUGGUCACGGCACAUUGGUCGACCGAUAAGGUCACCGUCAGCAGUGGAAGCAGACAUGGGCUACUGUACGACUACUACGGCUUUCCACCUGAGAGCUACGAGAUUAAGCAUGAUGCGCCUGGCAGCCCUGAGGUUGCGGGCGAGGUGCAGAAGGCGCUGGGGGAAGCGGGGAUUGAGUGUAAACAGGACGCUGAGAGAGGCUGGGACCAUGGCGUAUUCGUCCCCAUGAAACUCGUCGAUCCAUCCGCCACCAUUCCCAUCGUCCAACUCUCCGUCCUUGCCUCGGAGUCGGCCUCACAGAGCUACGCUAUCGGGCGCGCCCUCUCCACCUUGCGUGCCCAGAACAUCGCCAUAAUCGGGUCUGGCUUUGCAACCUUACACAAUCUAAGGUUAAUGUUCUCGGGGGAAUCAUCGACUCCGGCGUUCAAGCAGAAGAACGCUGAUUGGAGCGGCGCUGUCACCGACGCUGCUAUGACGGACGACGACGAGGCAAGGGCGCGCAAGUUUGAGGGCUGGAGGGAGUGGCCAAACGCGUACACGAUGCACCCAAGAGGCGGCGCGGAGCACUUCCUCCCACUGAUUGUGUGUGCGGGGGCCGCAAGGACGACGAAAGGGAGGAAAUACGCGGACGAUUUCAGAGGAGUGGAUAUGUGGAGCUACUACUGGGGCGAGGAUGAGUAGUUGUAACGGUGGGAUGCCGUACCAUCUUACACCGAAGAUCGCUAUGGUUGCCUAGGAUGAAGACAGUUCUAAACAUACGCAACGUUUAUUG